AGUGAGCUUUCGUCUGAGAUGGAGAAUGCUCUACGUGCCCUUCCUCCCAAACCGUACUCAGGUAGGCCGAUGUCAAUUUCUCAAGAAAUGUACUACCAAAUAUGCGCUUGGAAAACGCCGAUACAUACUCUGAUUUACCCUUACCAGUCGCUCAUGUUGUCCUACGGUGUCAAUUAAGCCAAACUACGUUCAGAAUAUUGGGUAGUAGCGCUGGUAGCACAUCAGCAGACGAAAUAGUCGCCAUCCAACAGCAGACCGAGCAGUGGUUUGCCUCCUUCUCUUCUACAUAACGAGUAGCUGACUCAGAUCUACAUUGGGACAAGGCGCAACGUUAUAUAGCACCGUAACGCUUCUACCUUCGUGUUGUAGGCUACAUGGCGCUACUACAUCCUUUCAGAUCCCAUCUCACGAAACCUAUUGAAAACGACGAAACGAGGCUACUUCUGUUGCGGGAAACAGCCGUCAGCUACGCGGUCAGCCUGGUGGACGCGUCUCGUAGUCUUCUGGAAUGCAUAAUCCCCAAAACCUCAAAAUUUUCAUUUCGGCAUCUCUCUCAUCUU